UGAGAAUAAAACCUGGACUGAAGCUCAGCAGUACUGCAGAGAGAAACACACUGACCUGGUCACAGUGACUAACAUGAAGGACAUGAAGAGACUCAUCAACAUCUCAGAUGGAGAUAUAAAGGAAGCUUGGAUUGGUCUGUAUGAUCAAACACAUGGUACCAGAACAUGGUACUGGUCUCUGCCUGGACUGGAGUUCAAUGAAAGUGAGACAAACUGGAGCCCAGGAGAACCGACUGAUACAGAAUCUGAGGACUGUGUGACUCUUUAUCAAAAUCUUAAAUGGAUCGAUCAGGGUUGCAAGUGGUCUGGAUAUUUCCUCUGCUAUGAUGAAACUAAUAAAACCCAUAAAUAUCACCUGAUUAGAGAGAAGAAGACCUGGCUGGAAGCUCAAAGUUACUGCAGAGAGAAACACACAGACCUGAUCAGUGGAAUGAAGCAACUACAGGAUGAAGAAGUGAAGAAAUUGAUGAACUCUUCAGAUAAUAGAGCAUACUUUGGUCUGUUCAGAGACUCCUGGAGGUGGUCAGAUGGAAGCAGUUUCUCUUUCAGACACUGGAAUCUACAGUUUUACAAUCAGAUAAUCAAAAGUGGUCAAUGUGCCAUGACUGUGUUUGAUGAUGGAGGCAGAUGGAAGAAUGAGAACUGUGAUGAAAGAAAACCCUUCAUCUGUUAUGAUGAUAAAGUGAUCCUGAUCAAAGAAAAUAAAACCUGGCAUGAGGCCUUGACCUACUGCAAAGAUCAUCAUGAUGACCUGGUCACCAUCACCAACAUGGAUGAACAGAUAUGGAUCCAGGAGAAGUCAGAAGGCAUCGAAUCCUUUCGUGUGGUUGGGUCUGCGCUUCAACUGCUUGAAGAACGUCUGGUUCUGGGUUUGUAA